GCAACAUGGACGCUGCAGCUAACAGGGUCUCCACUUGUUGGUCCGUGUCUGAGGCGCUGGUGUGUGACGGUGAAGCGGCGCUUUGUUAGCCGUGUGUCCGACUGUCGUGGAUCUAUUUUAGGGUGAGGGGAGUGUUGCUUCCCGGAGCGAACGCAUCCAGCGCGUGUAACGGUGGCCUGCGGACGCCAUUGGUCACCAGCGACUCUCUGGUCAACGAGGUGUUGUCAUGUUUUCAGCGAAAAAACCCAGUUAAAGUCAUUCAAUCAAUUGAUCUGGACUCAUCAGAUCUUCAGAUUUCUACCCUCAGCUGACAGAUAAAUCGUCCCACACAGACUCGCAGGAAUCAUGGGGAGCGUGUUCCUGCCAGCGGACGCAGCCCACUCCGUGCUGCGGCGGCUGCGCAGGGCCAACUUCAUGCUGGAGGAGAUGAAGCAGGGAGACAUCCAGAGGGAGUGCCGCGAGGAGAUCUGCACCUAUGAGGAGGCCCGCGAAGCUUUCGAGAAUGACGAGAAGACGAGACGGUUUUGGGAGGAAUACGUGCGUGAGAGCAGUCCGUCCGGAGGCCUGGAGACAGUGGUAAGUGGAGUCCACUCUGUCUACUUGAUUGUGCCACUGAUGCUGGUUGUGUUCAUCAUCGCCGCCGUCGCCAUCACCGUGUGGCGUUGCCACUCCCGCAAGCGCUCACAGCGCAGCCCCAGCCUGGGACACUCGCAUCACGACCACGUCCUGUCGGUGGUCUCGAUGGACCAUUGGGGGAGGGAUUACCACCAUGCUGACCAAUCAGAACUGAGUAUCCACAGCAGCCCAGCCUUUCCGGGCUCAGAGAUCAUAUCAGGGAGAGGAAGCGCCGGAGAUCCCCCGCCAUCGUAUGAGGAGGCUGUUGGCCACACAGACGUCCAGAUAGAGACGGAGCCUCCUCCACAGUACGAGGACAUCGUCACCACCAGCGCUUCUAGUGUCAACGGCCAAGGGAAGUAGACCUGCCUUUCACUACCACCCAAACAAAAGUCCUAACCUACACUAAGACUUAUCUUAUCAUCUAGCAAUGCCACUGUUGUGGUAUCACCAGCCUUCCCCAUUCUAUACAAACAGAAACACUAAUGGUCAAUGGAUUAAUGCAAUCUUUGCCAGAGCCAGUGCUGCCGCAGUUUGCACUAACCUUUAUUCAGUGAGGUGAAGUGAUGGCAGGAAGGAUCACGUGAUACUGCAAUACCAAAACCUUGACUGAAGGUCCUGAAGUUGUAUCUAUGCUGUCACACUGUAGUAAAUUAAUUUAAUUCUGCAGACAUAACAAAUGUUGCAUGAAGUGUGAGGGGAAAAAAGUGAUGAUUGCCAUAAUGAAGGAGCUAUUCUCAGUGUACAUAGGGGUUGGGCCGAUGCUUUAUUGAAGAUUUGUGCCAAUUAACAGAUAUUUUUUGUAAUGUUUAAAUUUGACCAAUUUGUUGUCAAAAAAAUGACUUACUGUUUCCACCUGCAUUUUGCAAAAUUGUACUUUGCAAGAUCCAGAACCAGUUUUUAAUCCACACAUCAAUUUCAGUGAAACCGGACAAAUUUAGAUUGAAUUCUUUCCACUAGGAGGCAGAAAAGAAACAAAUUCAAUUCUGUCAUAUGUAAAGUCUAACUUGUUAUAGUUUAAAUACUUAUUUAGUCAUUCUCAUAAACAAACUGUUUAUUCUGUUUACGUACAGAAUAUCCCAGACCAUAAACACGUUGUUUUCACAUAGUAAAUUGGUGUAAAUUGCUUUAUCUUCUUCAGUUUUAUUCCCCUGUGGUUAUCCA